ACUGCUGGCUAGACGACUGCUCAAUGGCGAGUUAGAGCCUGCAAAGAUUUUGAACAUGUCACCCACUGAGUUAAAGGAGGGUCUAACUGCUGACGAAACAACAAAGAAGGAGCCUGAUGAGGCGGAUCGCAUGCAGAUGACUGAUGCAAGAUGCUCGAGAUGCAAUCAAUUGACGGUCGGGCUGCGGGAUAUCAUCCAAGCUGGGCAUGGAGAUCGCUAUCAGCUGGAGUGUGUUGACUGUGGCUAUUCUUGGUACGCCUCAAGGGAUGAGGUUUCAACUCUGACAAUAGGCAUAGAAAAACCUGCCCAAGGCACAGAGAAGGAGGAUACUGAGAAGAAUUUGACCAGUCCUCGUGAAACUGAGAAACCAAAAGACGAAGCCUUGAAGACCAAUGACUCAAAUGCUGACAACAAUCCAGAAGCCUCCAAGAAACCAGAGUAAAGGUGUUCCAACU